AUGCCAGCAGAAAGACCAUCAUUCCUGUACACACCACUGGAGACCGGCGAGAUCCGACUCCUUUAUGCUUCUAUCGACGAAGCAGGCGAGGUUGUAUGGAGCCUGAAGUCAUCUCAGCUUCUCGACGGAUCCAACAACUCGGUACCUGAGUUCGACGCACUCUCAUAUGCCUGGGGCGACCUCGAUCUCGCCUACCAAUUCGUGUGCAACGACCAAGAACUGCAAAUCCAUCACAAUCUAUAUGAAGCACUACCAUACCUCGCCCGUCGUCGCUCCAGCCUGCCGUUAUGGAUAGACGCCAUUUGCAUCAAUCAGCAGGAUGAAGUCGAGAAGAGAACUCAGAUCAAACUCAUGUCCAAGAUAUACCGUUGUGCUGACACGGUUUGGGCAUGGAUCGGAAUACACGACGUGGCUGGUCUGGCAUUCCUCGAUGAGAUUGCCCAAGUCGGGGCAAAACUAGCAGAACACGAAGGACAAUCGGAUCUGUCCAGUGCUUCAUUCAGCAUGAGCCAACCAGCAGAAUAUGGCUUGCCGUCACUUUCAUCACCCCUGUGGGAGAAGGCCAGGCUGAUCCUUUGCAGCAGCUGGCUCUCGCGCCUGUGGGUGAUUCAAGAGGCUGUCCUCGCAAGGCAGCUCACUUUCCUGUCUGGCCUCGUUGAGGUUUCCACACAUACUUUCCAAUCUGCUCUAUAUGGUUGGCGCCUGAUGAGAAUUAUCCUGACAGAGGUAGUUGAGGGUGAAACGCCACCACAAGCACUGGCCCGAGCAGGAGAGCAGGCAGUCUUUGUGCUUCGAGAACACUUGAACCAGGGUCGGGAGGAGGGCGGCUUUGAUUGGCCCUUUCCCCUACUGGCAACUCUGCGUAUGACUGCUCGCACUCACAAAUGCAGCGACCCGUAUGACCGUGUCCGGGGUAUUACUGGGCUGGUCGACGAGUCAUUCAUCGAAAGGCUCGGCGUGCUUGAAGACCGGACGAUAGAAGAAGGCUACACCCGAUUCACAUACGCAAUCCUUACAAACUCUAUUCCUGGAGUAUUUUGGUGGUGGAUCUUCAGCAGCGCCACUGCACCUGGAAAGAGGGCCGGCUUCCCAAGCUGGGUCCCCGAAUACUCUCGGCUUCAUGAGGACGACAUCGGUGGUUACCACAACAUCUCAUUAUUUACAUAUGGUGCGCAUCACGAUAUUCGAGCGAGCCGGAGGACCAGCGUUCCCGAACAGAUCGGGAACUUUGGGACCUUCGUCGUCAAGGGUCUGCUGUUUGAUAGAAUUCAGGAGGUAUUCCCCGAGUUGCCACACAGAGAAGAGUGGAUUAUGAACCCGGAUCCACGCCAACUAUUCCAGGAUAUCGAUCGACACUUGGCCACGAUGUACAACUGGGAGCGAGAUAUGGCUUCUAGGGUCUUUGGCCCUUCUUGUUUACCAUCUGAACAGUUCGCCAGAGAUGCAGGGGACAGUCCUCCGAGGCACAUCACUGCCGACGCGUAUUGGAGCACUUUAACGUCAGGUCACAAAAGCGCCCCAUCGGCUCCUAGCGUCGAGGACUUUUAUGCUUUCAGAGCCAGCAUGGACCGAGUAGCCCAGAAAGUGGUAUGGGCGACUCGCAGCGACGUCGACAAUUUGCACGACGAACGCGAGAGGCAAGGCCUCGCGAACCAAGAGGGUCCCACAUCUAGCGAAGACCCCGGUGUGGUAUUCACGUGGCGCAUCAGCCUGACCUUUGGCUGCCGGCGUCUCUUUACCACGGUUGGCGGGCGAAUCGGCUAUGGCCCGCUGACCAUGGAGGUUGGUGAUGCUGUAUGCGUUCUCAAUAACGCGAUCGUGCCACAUGUGCUGCGUAAGAUCGAUAGCAGUCCUCGCGAAUCUGCUUACACGCUUGUUGGAGAAGCAUAUGUUUAUGACAUGAUGGACGGAGAGGUUGAAGGGCUUGGCCUAGAAGAGCAGGACUUUUGGCUUGAGUAG